AUGCAGCCGGCACCUGGUGGUGAGAAAGAUCUCGAUGCUUGGUAUAGGGAAGAACAUAACGAGCAAAUGUCUAAAGAACCGGGAUACAAACGGACGACACGAUAUAGCCCGCUCUUCCAAACACGUAAUAUUGGGAAGCCGAGUGGCUUGGAUUUUGUUGCUUUCCAUCAAUUUGGGGAGGGUCACAAGAUCGGUACAGAAGUAGAGCCAUUGGAACCUAUGUCGAAUUGGACGAAGAGGGCCAUGAACAAUUGCACGUCGAUUGAUGCGGCGGUCUAUCGUAAGAAGCCCAGGGAUGGACAAUCUAAUGACGUUGACUCCCAACCUAGGGCGUAUUUCAACGCUUUUAGGGCAAUGGAGAAGCCCGUGGAAGUUCGAUUCGCUGAUGGUCGAACCGGUACGAAACAACGGUCAUGCGCGCGGGAGAACUUGGAUACUGACGACGGCACAGAGCCUAUCCCAGAUAUUACCAACCAACUUGCGCCAUCGAAGUGGAGUGAUGCAGCCACGUACUUCUUCUUCUCCCUUGGAGGUCUAUUCCUGGGCGGCGAAGCGGGUUUCUUGAGCGGCACCGCGUCCGCGUCGCGAACCAUCACUAAGGAUCCCGAAGCCAAGGAGCGGAUAGAGAAGGCAUUCAAAAACUAUCGCAUUGACGCGAUGAAGCAAGAGAUCCAGCAGCUCGAAGGAAAGAGCAAGUUCGAACAACUGUUCAGCUCAUAA